GGCUUCCUGGGACCGACUUCGAUGUGGUCCUUCUUCCGACGCGCUGUUGCGCUAGCGGAGAAACGCCAGCCACUGUCUCAGCUAACUUCACCUGACAUAUUUGGCGUUGACGGGGACGCAUUUCGACUACGCUGGGUGCCACAGCCUCCGGAAGCAGUUCCGGAUCUAGAAAACUUGCCGCCCGUUGACUACGCCCUUUGUUUAUUCCAUACGGUCAAGUUCCAUCUUGGGCAGUUUGCACAGAUCAUCGAUGAACCGACCUUUCUGGCUCGUCUCGAGGCAUUCGAUGGCAAGGCUCUUGAAGUAGCGCAGACACAGCGUCUCUGGCUUACAGAGUACCUGCUCAUCCUCGCGUUUGGAGAGGCGUUUACGGCACAGGCAGGCCCGGCGUUGGUACCGCCUGGCAGCAACUUUGCUGAGCGUGCACUGGCCGUCUUGCCGGACUUUGCGCAGCUGCAUGAAGAAGGCCUCGAGUCGAUCGAGGUCUUGGCCCUGGUGGCCUUGUACUUUCACUCGAUCGACAUGAGAUCGAGUGCGUACCAAUACAUCGGGCACGCUCUCCGGCUGUGCUACAUUGAAGGAAUCCACAGAGAAAUGUCGGAGCAAGUGUUUGGUCCUCACCUCGUACAGAGAUGUAGGACCCUGUGGUGGAACGUCUAUAUCCUUGAUAGACGAUUAUCUGCUCAGCUUGGGGCGCCAAGCUCGAUCCGUGACGAGGAAAUCACCAUGGGGUUACCGCUUACUGAGUCUGGAGGCAGCUCUACGGCGGUGACACUGAGCCUGUCCGUCAAACUUUCUCGGCUGUUGGCUACUAUAAUGACCGGUAAGUUGGCAGAUCACGACGAGAUCAUGCUCACAAGAAAGCAGAGCACAACCCCUUCACGGAUGAUGAGCUCCAUCACGCUCAUGUACCACCACUGCAUUCUCCACGCGACGCGACCUCUCGUCAUGUGUCUCUUCAAGGCCUUUGUUGAGCCUGGCAAACCUGACCACGGUAGAGACUUGUCAAUAUCGCCGCCCAUUGCCUCCCUCCUCAAGUCAGCAGUCUCCUCGGCUCUCGCAACAUUGAAGCUUUUGACUUCACUAGAGAAGCAGCGACCUAUAGAAUCAUUCUUGCCAUUUGAUCUUGAAUACGCCUUCGCUUCGGCAUUAUCUCUGUGCAUCAUCCGGACUGUCCUGCCGCACUUUGUCCCGGACCAAAGUUGGUUCCAAAAGGCCGUGUCUCUUCUCGACAAGAUGAUAAGUCAAGGCGGUAUCGUGGCCAGACUGCGAAAGAAUGAGCUGCAGCGUCUUGAGCAACUCUUGAUACCCCUA